UAUGAAGCUGCAGGGGUCUUAAUAGACAAGAUUCUGUACCAUCGGCUCUGAGACAGGAGCUCCUGCAUGAUGCCUGGAAACAUCAGAUCAGUAUCUUUUGUCUGGUUGGUGUUGGUCUGUCUGUUGUGCUGCAGCAGACUGACCAGCGUGGGUGCAGCCCCCAUCUGUGCCAAUGCCCAGGCUGGGUGCCACGUCCUCUCCCUGGCGAACCUGUUUGACCGGGUCAUCCAACAUUCAGCCAGGACGCACGGCAUUUCAAACGACCUUCACUACGAGUUUGAGCAGUACUUCCUGCCCAGUAAGAAUCACAUCGCCCGGGUCAGUCGCAACUGUCACACCUCCAGCAUCCUCACCCCAAAUGGCAAGGAGAAUGCUCAGAGAAUGGCGAGGGAGGAGCUGACAGAGGUAAUCCUGAAGCUCCUGGUGGCAUGGAAGGAUCCUCUGUGGCAUUUCCAUCAGAGCAUGGCUCACCAUCACGACUUCAACAACUUCAGCUCCAAUAAAGCCCUUGAGAUGAGCGACAUGGUACACGAGCUACGCAAAGGUGUGGAGAAAGUGGCCGAAAAGAUGCAGGUGUUGGGGAUAAUAAGCAACACUGUCAGCAGCCUGGCUUCACCUGAGGCUUCGUUGCCAUCCGACAGCGCCGAGUGGCGCCUGAUGAAAGACUAUGACCUCCUCUACUGCUUUCGCAGAGACUCCAACAAGGUGCAGAACUACCUGAAAAUCCUCAAGUGCCGCAUCGUUCCAGAGCACGGAUGCUAAAGGCCGGAGGCUGCGUUUAGCCUGGUGGAAUGUUAAGACGUUGGAAACGCUUUCGAGACUGCACGGAUUCAGCUGUACGGGAAGUUUACUGAUCCGCACGCAUGUUCACUCCUGUCAUGACUGGAGUUUUGCUGGAACCCAAAGACUAUGCCCCCCCGUUUCAUGCCUGAUAUCAUGUAGAGUGUGGAUAAAUGUGAGUUGAGAGUGGACAAGAUGGAAUGAGUGUAAUGCGUGUUAUUAUAGACUCCUGAUGAUCAUG